AUGAAUCUUUUUAACCUUCCGAAGGGCCUGUCUUCGCCUCUGCCAUUUGCUGAGGUCAUUGCCAAAGCUCGGUGUGAGAAACGGUGGCUCAUCGUGAACAUACAGGACAACGAGAAUUUCGUCAGCCACAGUCUGAACAGGGAUAUAUGGAAACAAUCAAUGGUGCAGGAUUUGCUCAAGACGAGCUUUAUAUUGUGGCAGAGGUCGAAAGAAGAGGCCGAAGCCGUACAGUAUCUCACCUACUACUGCAAGGAUGACGAGGCACCUCUACCUCUAGUGCAUGUUUUAGACCCUCGAACUGGGCGGAAAUGUGAGCAAUGGGAUGUUCAAAAAUUCUCAUCGGAUGUAGCGGCUGCUGUUGUUCGUCGGUGA